GAUCCUGAUUUCGAGUUGAAGAAGAAUAUCGGUCGGACCUGCAGAACAGGAAGCGGGUGAUUGAUAAUGAGGAUUGGUUUACCGCGAUCUUAACUGUUAACUGGGCUAACCGGAACUUCGGGGCGAGGAGUAACAUUAGCGAGGAUGGUGGCCAGAAAAAAAAUAAUAGUCCCUUUUAAGCGGCUUAGCCAGACGCAGGGGCUGGGCCAGAGUCCAUUGGGUGUUGGCGGCGCGGCGCCGGGCGCUACCUUGGAUAUGCUCAAUCUCACCGCGGAUGAACUAGACACCCUGCACGCCGCGGACGGCAUCAUGGCCGGCAGCCCGGUGCACGCGGACGAGACGUACCGUGUGGUCGAGACUAAGGUAAUCCAGGCCCUGGCAGACCGCGACCUGUCGUCCAUCACCCGCCCCCCGAUCGACGACAGGGUCCGGAACGAUUAUUCUUUCGACCCGCUACAACAAAUUGAGGCUACAAUUCGCAGGAAUACUCCGGUCUAUUCGAGCCCUUCUGAAACUAGUUUGUUGCUGCGAUACCCCUCCAAUAUUGGUGCUUUGCGUUUUGCAGAUAUCCACGGAAUGAUAGAAGUCCUUAAUCAGGGCUUUGACGAUCAGGUUAUAUACCAUUCGCGUCAAUCCCGUUCUUCAACAGCCUGCAUGUGGCCAAUGGGUGAAAAACGCCUGAUUCAGAAGUCGUCAUCAGCAACCUACGAGCAUUAUAGGUAGCUCUACGGGAAAUUGUUCACGAAAGCGGCAGGAAACGUUUAAGACCUGGAAAUAUUAAUCCGCGCAGAUGGGAUAAUGAAAGCUCCCAGGGGCUGAAUAUGAUCAGCAGAAAGCUCUGGGCUGCUAUCCGCCCCGUUCUAACAAAGCAUUCAGAGAACGCGUCUGAAGUCUGCGUUUCCAAGAAAUGAACAGCGUGAGCUAAGUUCUAAUCACUGCGUCGAAAGGUCGUUUACCA